GCCGUUGUUCGAAACGGUUGGACGAAUCGAGGCGAAUCGGUCGGCCGUGAGUUGAGGCAAGUCGGACGGACGAGAUCGGCCUACGUACUGCCAUUUUGUUUUUAUCGGUGGUAGUCUGCGCGAAUUCGGGAGAGACGAGCGUGCGAAUGCAGCGUCAGGUGUUUGUCGCCCUCGCCACACCAUAGCCUCGCGUCGGCACAGCUUUGUUCAAUGAGUAGAGACCUACUGAUUCUGGGUGAGGCCGAUCUCACAUGCAUGGAGUUCAAAUUGGACAGCGGAGAGUAUUGCCAAGCGCAGCACAAAUAAGAUAAACCACCCAUACCACCGUGCAGUGUGUGUCACUCGUCAGCAGUCAGCUGAAUUCGCGACCAGGAACAAUUAUUACCAGUGCCAUAUACCAGAAAAGAGGAGCAGCAGGUGAAAGUGCACAAUUGUGUUCUUCAGACUCCAGCUCGAGACCAAACCCAGUCUUCAACCCUCUCCCUUCCUCCUGCCACAAUUAUUUUCUUAUAUAAAUGGGGUGAAUCUAUUUUGGUACUCAGCAGCCAAAUCGCCUAUGCUUACAGAGCUGCGUCCUGUGGAAAAUAAUAUGCCCAGGAGAUUUGUGUGAGAGGAAUUCGCAUAUCUCUCUGUCCGGCGCCACAACUCGGAAGCGAGUGCCACUUUUCACUACACACAGGGUUGCUAUGCAAAAUCACAGCAACAUGAGACACUCGGUGAAGCCUACUGUCUCCGAGAUCGAAUACAAGAACAUGAGGUUCCUCAUCACUGACCGACCCUCGGACCAAAACAUCCAAUCUUACAUUAAGGAGCUGAAAAAUCACAAUGUCAAGGACGUUGUUCGGGUCUGCGAGCCAACCUACAAGGUUGAAGAACUGAAGCAGGAGGGAAUCAACGUCCUCGACCUUGAAUACGAGGACGGAACUCCACCCCCACAAGAAGUCGUGAACGAGUGGUUCAAGCUUCUGAAAACGCGAUUCCGUGAGACGCCGGGAUCGUGCGUGGCCGUGCAUUGUGUGGCCGGUCUGGGAAGGGCGCCCGUGUUGGUGGCCGUGGCCCUCAUCGAGCUGGGCCUCGACUACGAAGACGCCGUCGAGCUAAUUAGAAAGAAGCGUCGUGGUGCCAUCAACUCUAGACAGCUAGGCUAUCUUGAAAAAUACCGUCCUCGAUCCAGGCUCCGACUCAAGAAUGGUUUCAUGAAUUCCUGCUGCCUACAAUAAGUUGGACCGCCUCCGCCGCGAGUUGCUCCUCUGCUCGCCACUAUCACACUCACACACAUGUAUUCACAUGAUUGCGUAAGAAACGUUGUUAACCCCCACUCGUAAGUAUUGUAUUGGACAAAAAUUAAGACAGAAUUAUCAAAACGGACACUACCGAUCGGCUUGUUUUCGAAAAGUGCAUCUUGUUCAGCCCAAGGGGUCAUCGAAACCAUUAAAGGGGUGGCCAACCCCGAGGACUUUUUUCACCAGCUGACGAUCCUUCCAGAGAGGAGUCCGAUGAUGUGCUGAAAGUCAAGUUCGGUAUGGAAAUUUUGGAGAUUUCCAGUUUUUCCGAUUGGCGCCAUCUUUGAUGAAAUGGCGCACGGCCCGAUAUUAAAAUUCUGCCGAAGCACAUCGUCGGACUCGUCUCGAGCAGGACUUUGUUUAACAUUAAUUUCUGUACGCCGAGUUGCGCAAGCCGCGCUCGUUUCUCAACUCAAUUGUUUGCAAUCAUCCAUUCUUCUCUUGUUGAUCGUUUUGUAAGCCAAUCGAGCGACUGACUUUGAAACACUGCAUUGCCAACGCAAUUUUGUACUUUUCCCAACUGAUCACAUGACGGCAUUAAUUGAAAUUGGUCUCUCCCGAUGACCUUUGCGGUGGUGGAUUUUGGUUUUGAAGCAAUAUCGAUCUAGCCACUCGCGCGCAAGCCAAUUAAGUGCUGGAAAAUUCUAAAACUGCGUUCAUCAUGGUCGUAUGUAGCUGUAGAAGUGUGGGUUAUCACAGUAGAGGUUCAUAUUUUAUUUGUAUUCCGCGCAGAGGCACAGAAAGUAAGAAACGAGACCUUGGUUACCCACUUUGAUAUUGUAAUUUUAUUAUGUGUAUGAUUACUUUUACCACCUUGUCCUUCAGAUACGUCAGUGAGCAGGAGUGCGCUGGCAGAUUUAUUCCUAGUAUUUCAGUUGUUACAGUGCAGGAUGUGAUUGAGAGAAAAGUGUCCCACACCGAUCAGAGCGUUGAAGAAACGGAACUUUUAAGUCCUGUUUGUUAUUGUUUGCCUAGUCCGCCACAACACACACAGUUCGACUUCUAUUGCCAAAAAGUAAAAAAGAAAACUACACGUCAUCUGACAAAAUUGUGUUUAUUUUAUAUCCAGGAAUCUAUGACAUAAUUAUAUUGUAUAAAUAAAUGGGAACCAGGCUGGCAAAUAAAAUGUCUGUUUGACAAAUAAUAUGAA